CAGUUUGCGACUCCCAAUAUUAUAUAUUUAACUUUACCAAUGAACUCUAUUCUCUCAUUUUCCCAUUCCAUUUCCAUUUCCUCUGUUUCUCCUCUUCCUUCGCUUCGUACCCUCUCUCUUCAUCGUUGCAACUCUAUUCCUUCUCACGAUAUGGAGGCUAAACCAAGUCAAGGCCUUUACCCUCUGCAUCGUUGCAAAACCAUACAUCUGGUGAGGCAUGCUCAAGGGAUUCACAAUGUAGCAGGAGAGAAGAACCAUGAUGCUUACUUAUCUGAGGAUCUCUUUGAUGCACAUCUUACACCUCUCGGAUGGCAACAGGUUGAUAAUCUACGCAAGCAUGUUAAGGCAAGUGGGAUCUCCAAUAGAAUUGAGUUAGUCGUUGUGUCGCCUCUGCUCAGGACUUUGCAAACUGCGGUUGGAACUUUUGGAGGGGAAAGUUACCGAGAUGGUGUUGAUGCAACUCCGCUUAUGAAGGCAGGUGCAGGGAACAGCGAUCGUCCUGCUAUACCAAGCUUAAAUUGCCCACCUUUUAUUGCGGUUGAAUCUUGCCGAGAACAUUUGGGUGUUCAUCCUUGUGACAGAAGAAGCAGUAUCACCAAGUACCGCGAGUUAUUCCCUGCGGUUGAUUUUUCAUUGAUAGAAACUGACGAAGAUGUUUUGUGGAAGCCUGACAUCAGAGAGGAGAACAAAGAUAUUGCUGCCAGAGGCGUGAGAUUCAUGAACUGGUUGAGUACAAGGAAAGAAAAGGAGAUUGCGGUUGUUACUCAUAGCGGAUUCUUGUAUCAAACAUUAAACUCGUUUGGAAACGAUUGUGAUCCCGCUGUGAAGAGCGAGAUUUCUUCACAUUUUGCUAACUGUGAGCUCCGUUCGGUUGUUCUGGUGGAUAAAUGCAUGAACAGUUCUGAUCCUCCAGUGACCAACUAUCCCGGAAAAAUACCUUCCGGGGAAGAUCUUCCAAGUGAUAUUGCUGAUGAGAAGAAGUAGUUGGAGAGACAAAAGUAAUGAGACUUAUGUUUACUCUUUCAUGAAUCUCAAGAGUCAUUAAUGUUAUUUACAAUAAAGAAUAUACUAACUAAAGUUGAUUCCUUGACUCUUCUUUUGAAGAGGGUGUUAUUCGCUCCAUCGAUUUGAAUAUGAAUCUCCAUGGAGUAUGGAUUUAAACAUGUUUUGUAUUACAUCAUUAUUUCUAGCUUAUUCUCCUAUAAAA